AUGGCGGUAGACAAAAGCAACGAAGCUUCUCCCUUGUGUUCUGCUCUUCCAAUGUACAACUCUAAAUAUUCAAGUUAUGUUACUGAAGAGGAUCCACACGACAUGAUUCAUUCGAAAAAACACAAAAGAACAAACGCUUUGCUCAUGAAUUCUGCUUCAGCGCACGAUUUAAGAUUCCUAGAGGUAGAGAAAGAGAAGCAAGAUCCUAAAUCACCGAGAGGAGCCCUAGAAGCCUGUCUAAACCGAUGCUCAAUCUCUUCCUCCUCGUCUUCCUCUGACGAUCCUCCUCCAACUAGAGAAGCUAUCGAAAACACAGACACAGAAGCACGUUGCAAGAAUCACAGAGAAUCUUCGAAUUGGGGAAAGUUCUUCAAGCUGUGGAAACGUAGGUCCAUGAAACGCCUCUCUUCUUUCCCUCCUUUAGGCGGUGCUCCAGCGAUCUCCAAGAAACGCAACAAAAACGCAGAUCCCCACAUCGUUGGUUUGAACCUUCACGACAUCUACGAUUUCCAAUCAUCUCUACACAGCUUCUCAAUCUCCGACCUCGAAAUCGCCACUGACAAUUUCAACCCCGAAAACAUAAUCGGAAGAGGCGGUUACGCAGAGGUAUACCAAGGAAUGUUACCGGAAGGAAAGCUAAUCGCCGUGAAACGUCUCACCAGAGGCACACCGGACGAGCAAACAACAGAGUUUCUGUCGGAACUAGGGAUUAUAGCUCAUGUUGAUCAUCCAAACACCGCGAAAUUCAUCGGUUGUUGCAUUGAAGGUGGAAUGCAUCUUGUUUUCCGGUUAUCUCCUCUUGGAAGCCUUGGCUCUCUCCUCCAUGGACCAUCAAAAGAUAAGCUGACUUGGAGCAGACGUUACAAAGUGGCGUUAGGAACAGCAGAUGGACUCUUGUAUCUUCACGAGAGUUGUCAAAGAAGAAUCAUUCAUCGAGAUAUCAAAGCCGAUAACAUUCUCCUCACUGAGGAUUUUCAACCUCAGAUUUGCGAUUUCGGACUAGCCAAGUGGCUUCCUAAGCAAUUGACUCACCAUAACGUUUCCAAAUUCGAGGGCACAUUCGGGUACUUUGCGCCGGAGUAUUUCAUGCACGGAAUUGUCGAUGAGAAAACCGAUGUCUUCGCCUUUGGAGUUCUUCUACUGGAGCUCAUAACCGGCCAUCGUGCUCUUGACGAGUCACAGCAGAGCCUUGUUUUAUGGGCCAAGCCUCUGCUAGAGAAGAAAGAGCUAAGACAAUUGGUGGAUCCAUCGCUUGGAGAUGAGUAUAGCCGAGAAGAGCUUAGCCGGUUAACUACCACGGCUUCUUUAUGCAUCGAGCAGUCUUCUCUCCUACGACCCCGGAUGAGCCAGGUUGUGGAAUUAUUACUAGGCCAAGAAGGUGUCGCUACGACUCCAAGAGAAGUCCAGAGAAAGAUGAUGAAACGAACGUAUUCUGAAGAAUCACUAGAUGGUAUAGAAUAUAACUCUACUAAGUACUUGAGAGAUCUUGAUCGCAUUCGAGAGGUUGCUUUAGCUUCUUGAUAUCAAACAACAUUAUAUUAUGUAUAAGUAUCUUUGUUUUUUUUUUUUUUUUUUGCUGCAUCGGAGAAUGUAAAUUAUGAAUUUUAAGUCUAAAUGGCAAGUAUGGCCACAUUCUUCACAAA